GUCAAUGAAAGUUUUUACCUUUGACAGUGUCAACACUUUAAAUUAAUAUAUUUUGAUCAAUUUUUAAUUAAAAAUGCCACCAAAAGCAAAAAAAGGGGGUGGGAUGGUAAUAGAUGGGGUGGACACGGCCGCCAUGACCAGAGAACAACUGGAGGUGUUCUGCCUCCGCAUAAAGGAAGAAAAUGACCGUGAACGCGAGGAGCGCAACUUCUUCCAAAUGGAACGCGACAAAAUACGCACCUUCUGGGAAAUAACCAAGAACGAACUCGAGGAGGCACGCUGCAAACUAAGGAACAAAGACCGACAAAUCGAAGAGGCGGCCGAAAAGAACGAGGGCGAGCUGAAAUUCUACAGGCAAAAAAUCAAGCACCUCCAGUUCGAGCACCAGAACGACUUGACGGAAGCGAAGGCGGAAGCGCUGGUCUCGCUUAAAAUGGCCGAGGACUCGCACAAUGAACAGGAACGCCAGUUGUUGCGUGACAAGAAGAAUUUGAAGCGGGCGGUCCACGAAACGGAGUUCUCGCACCAAGAACAGUUGCGGGGCAUCAAAUUGGACUUCAGCGAGAACAUCAGUAAUGUGAGAACUGACUUCGAAAACAAAGCGAGGGUUUUGGAAAUUAAAUAUGAGAAAAAAUUUCAAGACCUUAAAACUGAACUGAACACCAAACACACCAUGGAAAUUGCUGAAAUUGAGGAACGAAAGAACACCCAAAUCACUGAGCUAACGAAACACCACGAUCGAGUGUUUAAUGAAAUGAGGAACUACUACAACGACAUAACCCUUAAUAAUUUGGCACUAAUAAGUAGUUUAAAGGAUCAAAUGGAUGUGCUCAGGAACCAGAACCAAAGAAUGUCCAAACAAGUUUCCGACCUGCAAGCUCAAAACAAAGCUUUAGUUGAGCCUUUGGCUCAGGCCCAAAGAGAUGCCGACGAAUACAAGAGGCAACUGGUCAAUUAUGAAAAGGACAAGUUAUCUUUGGCAAACACCAAAGCGAAGCUUGAACAAACUAAAAGUGAAUUCGAAGACCUUCGUUGGGCCAACGAUGCUUUGGAGUUGAGGUUUGGAAAGUUGCAAGCUGAAAAGGAGGAGCUGCACAAUCGUUUUGUAACAGCCAUACUGGAGGUACAACAGAAGACUGGAAUGAAGAACGUCCUGCUGCAGAAACGUGUGAACACCUUGGCGAACUUGUGUGAACAACGUGAGGUUGUUAUUGGAGAUUUGGCUGUGGCAACCAAACAACAACCCACCAACAAGAAGCUAGAAAAACUCCUGGCGUCGAAGAACGCCACAAUCAGCGAUCUGGAAUACGAACUGGCUAGAAUGUGCAAGGCACACGACGACCUCAUAUCGUCGUACGAAGAGAAGCUGCUGGCGUACGGAAUACCAGUCGAGGAAUUGGGCUUCGUGCCGCUGAGAUUCAAGCCGAAAGGUCAAGGCGGUCUGUCCAAGGGACCGGCAGGUCUUGUUACCCAAAAUAAAUAGACUACAUACAUUUUUUUAUCUUAUAUACACAUAUUCAACUUGAUACAUCAAAAGUACAAUAAAAUUUUUAAUAACUC